UGAUCCAUACAUUUGAAGUCAGCGAAGCUGAAAGCACAAAAUAGCAUGUGAAUUUCAUUUGCAUUUUUAGUCGGCAAUCAACUGUUGUUUGUCGCACAAAACAAGCACUUCCGCAAAGCAAGAAUAAUGCAGACCAAAGCAAAUAUGGAGAAAAUCGCUGAGGAAGUUCAAGAGGUCAGCACAUUUCGACGUAUUUUACCUCAGAUUCUGGCGACUUUCGCAAAAAAUCUGAUCAUUUUCAAUUUGGGCGAAUUCUUCGCGAUCUCUUCAAUUGUAAUAUCGUCAUUAAACGGAUCGUGCAUUUAUUUGAAUCCAGAUGAAACACUUUUAGUUACACCAGCUCAAACAUCGUGGCUAUCGAGUUUUGCUCAUAUAGCCCAUCCAAUUGGAAGUUUAUUGAGCGGACCGAUAUGUGAUAAAAUCGGCCGUCGAAAGGCGAUUUUAUUUGUAACUAUUCCACUUGCUAUUACAUGGAUAAUACUUGGUCUGUCACAUUCAUUUCCGUUGAUUUGUGUGUGUUUUGCUAUGAUUGGUUUCUGCAUGGGAUUGAAAGAAGCACCAUCAGUAACUUAUGUUAGCGAAAUCAGUGAGCCAAUGGUGCGCGGUCCAAUGUCAAUCAUUGCAGUAAUGUGCUACAAUUUCGGAGUUUUCAUCGUAACAGGCCUAGCGUUAACAUUGUCUUGGCGACAAAUUGCCUUGGUUUGCGCGCUAUUCCCAUGCAGUUGCUUCCUUGCUGUGCUUUUUAUUCCAGAGUCUCCCAGUUGGUCAAUUCUAAACGACAAACAAAAUGAUGCUCAAGCUGCAUUGCAAUGGUUGAGAGGUUGGGUGUCUCCACAAACGAUAUACGAUGAAUUUAAAAGGCUACAAAGUUACAGUGAUACAUCGAGCUCAUGUAAACCGUGUUCAAAAAGUGCAGUAAAAUGUCAACAUCCAAAGCCAACGUUUCUCGAUAAAAUCAAAGAGUUAAAUCGAAAACGCUCAUUAAAACCGUUCAUUUUGAUAUCGUGUUUGCAUUUCUUCUACGAAUUUUGUGCGAUUAUUGUGUGGCAACCAUACAUCAUACAAGUGAUCAAAGCGUUUGGAGUACCUUUAAAUGCAAAUUUGACGCUUUUAAUAAAUGCCGGCCUCGGUAUGCCAGCUAGUAUACUACUGAUUUCAACGGUGAAAAAAUUGGGGCGUCGAUUUCUUUAUAUCACCUCAAGCUCGAUUGUUACUCUGUGUUCAUUUGGAUUGGGUAUUUAUGGUUAUGUAUUCUGUCCGCCGGGAUGGUCAUCGUUUCAAGAUAAUCCAGAGGAGGCGCCAAUAAAAUAUAAUUAUAUUCGCAGUGUGGUCGGUGAUUAUGGUUAUUUAGCAUUAGCACUCAUUUUAGUCAUGCAAUUCGCAACAAAAAUUGGUGUCUCGGGAUUACCACACAUUUACGUCAGCGAAGUAUUUCCAUUAAAAUCACGUACAUUCCUUUGCGGCAUUGUAACCGCCAAUCAAUAUGUUGUGGCUGCAAUUGCAACGAAAACCUAUUACAAUGUUGAAACUUGGCUAUCGCUACCUGGAGCCAUUAUAUUUUAUGGCAUUAUCAGUUUAACUGGGCUAAUUGUUAUGUAUAACAUUUUACCGGAAACCGAACAACGAUCUUUGGAAGAUAUUGAACUACAUUUUUCAGAUAAUAAAAAGGGCAUCACCGACAUUUACAUCUCGAAAAAUUCAAAAACAAUCGAAUAAAUUCAAUUGUUGUGAUUAAACCAUUUGCCAUUAUCAGUGCAAUUGCACACGAAUUGAAUGAAUUUUGAUUCGUAAUAAUUUCAAAUUCCAUAAGCUACAUGUAAACCUAACUUAAU